AAAAGAGUAAGAAGAAGAAGAAGAAGAAGAAGAAAGAGAAAAAGAAGAAAAAGAAAAAGAAGAACAAGAACAAAAAUAAGAAGAAGAAGGAGAAGGAGAAAAAGAAGAAAAAGAAAGAGGAGCAGAGGAAGAGGAAGAAGAAAAAUAGGAAGAAGAAGAAGAAGCAGAAGCAGAAGCAGAAGCAGAGGAAGAGGAAGGAGAAGAAGCAGAAGUAGAAGCAGAGGAAGAAUAAGAAGAGGAAUCAGAAGAAGAAUAAAAGUAAGAAGCAGAAACAGAAGAAGAAGAAGAAGCAGAAGCAGAGGAAGAAGUAGAAGGUGAAGAAGAAGAAAAAGAAGAAGAAGAAGAAAUAGGAAAAAGGAGAAGAAGAAGAAGAAGAAGAAAAAGAGUAAGAAGUAGAAGAAGAAGAAGAAAGAAAAAAGAAGAAAAAGAAGAAAGAGAAAAAGAAAAAGAAGAACAAGAACAAAAAUAAGAUGAAGAAGAAGGAGAAAAAGAAGAAAAAGAAAAAGGAGCAGAGGAAGAGGAAGAAGAAAAAUAGGAAGAAGAAGAAGAAGAAGCAGAAGCAGAAGCAGAGGAAGAGGAAGAAGAAGGAGAAGAAGAAGAAGUAGAAGCAGAGGAAGAAUAAGAAGAAGAAUCAGAAGAAGAAUAAAAGUAAGAGGCAGAAACGGAAGAAGAAGAAGAAGAAGAAGCAGAAGCAGAGGAAGAAGUAGAAGGUGAAGAAGAAGAAAAAGAAGAAGAAGAAGAGGAAGAAGAAGAGGAAGCCAAAGAAGGAGAAGAAGAAGGAGAAGAAGAAGAAGAAGAAGAAGAAGAAGAAGAAGAAGAGGAUGAAAAAGGAAAAGGAAAAGAGGAAAAAGAAGAAGAGAAGACGAAGAAGAAGAAGAAGAAGAAGAAGAAGAAGAAGGAGAAGAAGAAG